CUUUCGAUGGCGGCAAGGGCCGCAUGAGAGGGGCACUCGAUUUCGUUUCCGGACGACUCUAAACUGACCUUCCGGGGACACCCCGCCGUUGCUGGAAGAGGUCGUGGACGGUGGUGUCGGACUCAUUUUGACUUCCGCAGCAGGAACUAAUAUUGAGGAUCGAUGUGUAUGAUGAAGCAGCCAAGCGGCCGGUCGAGACCAACGUCUUGGGAAAAUGCGAAUAGUAGGCGAACAGUCAGCGUUAAUCGCGCAGCGUCUCUGCAGGCGAUGGUAGGCCGGUUCGUUCCCUAUAAUUCGAGAAUUCGAGAGAGCGCAAGUUCAAUGUUUCCGAUUCCGACCCAGUUAACCCUCUCGGGUUCGAUGUGGACUCAGCGAUUCAACUCCCAGGCGCUUCCGAGUCGUGCCUACCCGCUGAAGAAGAUAAAAAUCAAUCGACGAUUCAAGAAUAAUUUGAGGUACAACCGGUCCGGCUUUUCUAUCAAGCAACUCAGCGGUGUUGUUGCGCACGUAGUUGAAAUUCGACUUGGAGCGUACUGACGGUUGUGGAGAGUGAGGGGUAGGGCGAGUGCGAGGAGAUGCGGUAGAGAAGAAGGCGAACUUGCAGGUCGAGAGGAAUCAGCUACUGAGAGUAUUGCGCCGACGCCGAUAUGGUAGGCGGACUGCUCCACGAGUUCACCUCGAUAGGCGACGAAGGUAGGAUGUUAUCGCGCAGAGGCUUGAUGCCAAGAUACCCAGGUGAACGGAGAUGGUGAGGUCGAUGAGGGCCGAGCUCGACUACCAAUCAGCAACCCGGGCCACCAGGGGAAGAAAUGACGCGUUAUCUGGAUGCCUGGACCGCUGUUAGAAGACACGAGGGACUCCUCCUGUUGACGGCAGGAAGGAGUGGAAGAAUCCGCAAAUGGAGCGAGCUGGACUUCUUAGGCCUGCUUAGUGAUGGAGAUGAUUUUAUCUCCGUUAUCACCAUUGAAGGCGGUCAGGUCGAGCUUGCUUCUUUGGUCGCUUGAAAACUCUAGGUUUCGCACGGCGAGCCUCGAUGCCAGACGAUGGUGGUCUACGUUGGUGCAGGAAGAUUUUUUCGAGCAAUUCGCAUUGUCAGCCAAUAUCCUGGCAUCUCGAGCUGGGGGCUCCAUCACGCCGCCGUCUUCGUCACCAUCCGACAGAACCAGACUCUCGCCUGGGGGCUGAAAGGCUCUCGCUCGUUCUUUGGGCCUGAUCCCCGUUAAACAUGCACGUUUCAUUUGCUGGGGGGUUGCAAGGGUCAUGUGAGGCUGUGGCUCUGCUCGAUCACUGAGUCACACAACGCGGCUCAGCCCAAUCAAAACCGACGCCGGAGGGUUGUUGGCCCGCGCAGCCGCUCUGGAGUCUGGAGGUUUGAAGCUUGCUUUUUUGGCUCAUAUUAGUAGUCCUGAUGGGCCCGGGGGGUCGUUCGGAAAUCCAGGGCUCACAGAGAUACCAUCAAACCAUCUCGAUCAUUUCGAGGCUCAGAACGGACCCUAGAGAAAGUGCACAAUAAUAAUAGCCUUUGUGCGCCUGUCGAGGACAGCUCGUCAACCAUCUCAUGCUUUGGUUAUGACCUCCUCCCAGUAGUAACCAUGAAGGUAGACUUUUACUAUGACUGGUAAGAUGUGUACGGGGUACAGCAGUACUAGUAUAAAAACGGCCGGCGGAAGCUCCAGUCAACUGUCACUGAGAAAUCGAGAUGCAGUCCAUGACAGGGGCGCAUCGACUAAAGAAUAAGCUUAUGAGCUCUAACGUAUUUUCCCCCGAGCUGGCCGAUCGUAAAAUCUGAUAUAUGCUUCCAAAAUGUUGGUUGACCUUAAAAACUACAGUGACAGCCUUGACUAUUAUUUCCAUCUUGUUCUUCUUUACUUCACGCCUAAAAAACAGAGCCAGAGGUGAAUCAAGUUAGCCUUGGGCACUUUCCAAGUCGUGAGCAUUAUUAUUCUUUUUUUAAUUAAUUGCUUUUUCCGAGUCGCUUCUUGCGGGCAACCGUCUUGUCUAACACAUCUAACCUAUGAUUCGAACUGAUCAGUUGGAACCCAUGUUCCAGUGAAGACAACAAACGACGCUCGACCAAUCAUCAGUCUCGGCGAGUGUCAUAUUCCUGGCACCCAAAUCACACAUGAAAGCCUUGCGCAAGGAUUCCCUUUCUCUUUUCCUGAGUAUCAUCACUUUACUUACCUAUUGCAUCUCAACAUAUUAUUAUUGAGCUCUGAGCUUCAGCAAUCCUUCGCCCAUCUGGCACUCGCCGUCAUACUCAUAAUCUACGAUGUCCGGAGCGGGAGGCCCACCGCAGCGGGGCGGCGGACGCGGCGGGAGAGGCCGCGGAGCGGGUGGUGAUCGCGGUGGCGGCCGUGGUGGAAUGUUCAAUGACCUUCCCUACCGGCCAGCUCAAGGUGAUCGAGGAGACAGAGGCGGCUUCAGAGGUCGCGGUGGUCGUGGCGGAGGGCGCGGUGGCGGCCACUUUGACCAAGGUCCUGCGAUUUUCUCUCCGCCUGGCGGCGUUCCCUCCCCGAGUACGAAAGUGACCCAAACAGAGGAUGCCCUCGCUAGUGCCCUGGUCAAGAAAGAAAAGUCCAUAUCGCAUCCUGAGCGACCUGGUUACGGCACGCGAGGCAAAAGUGUACAGUUAUUUGCCAAUUACUUUGAACUGAAGUCGACCGGGAAGGGCCUAUAUCGCUAUCAUGUCGACGUCAAAGGUGGCUCGUCCACCAAGGCGCUUAACGUGAAGAAGAGAAAGCAGGUUUUCCGUCUUUUGCUCGAAGAGCAUUUUCCCCAGCUCCGAAAGAGCAUUGUGACUGAUUACAGGUCGACUCUGAUAUCACAUGUAAAGGUCCUAGACCAGGACAAUGUGGAGGUUACCUUUGAUGUGCGAUACCGCGGCGAUUAUGAAGACGAGUAUCCAGAAAACCCUGAGGUUUUCCGAGUAAGCUGCCAGUACACCGGUCAGGUUGAUCCUGCUAGUCUUCUGAAUUACUUGACCUCGUCCGAUGCUUCCGCUAUGUUCGAAUCCAAGGAGCACAUUGUGCAGGCGCUAAACAUCGCUAUCGGCUACCAGCCCAAGUCUGCCGACGCCAUUGCUUCUAUUGGUGCCAACAAACAUUAUGCUAUACACGAUGGCCUCGCGGAGAAGUUUAAUCUGGGGUCUGGUCUCGAAGCACUCCGAGGAUAUUUUGUGAGUGCUCGUGCUGCAACGGCACGCAUCCUAGUCAAUGUUCAGGUCAAAUACGUGGCUUGUUACCAAGAUGGUCCUUUGAACCAGGUUAUUGGCGAGUUUCAGCGGACGGGUCCUUCCAACGUAUAUAACCUCAAGAAAUUCCUCUCGAAACUCAGGGUCCGCGUCACACACAUCGAACGCAAGGGCAAGAAGGGACAGAUGAUACCAAGAAUUAAGACGAUCAGCGACCUCGCCACUCCCCAUGAUGGAAGCUCACUGUCCAAUCCACCAAAGGUGCCAAAAAUGGGGGCAGGGCCCACAGAGGUACAGUUCUUCCUGGAUGCCCCCGGCCAGCAAACUGCAUCAUCCGGGCCCAAAGGUAAGAAGGGAAAGAAACCGGUCAAAGCGGGCCCUAAAUCUUCGGGAUCAUACAUCACUGUAGCCGAAUUCUUCAAGCGCAAUUACAACAUCACUGUCAACCCCAAGAUGCCGGUUUUGAACGUCGGAACGAAGGCUCAGCCAUCGUAUCUACCCGUGGAAGUGUGCAGGGUUGAGCCAGGCCAGCCGGCCAAGGGGAAACUCACACCAAACCAAACGCGUGAAAUGCUAAAGUUCGCUGUUCGGACCCCGGCACAGAAUGCUCUAUCUAUUGUCAACAGAGGAACAGAGACUUUGGGAAUUGGAGAAUCCCCCAAUCCUACUUUGGUCGACUUCGGUAUCCAGACCAGCCCUAAUCUAGUCACAGUACCAGGUCGCGUCCUACCUCCUCCAAACGUCUUUUACAAGGACAACAAGUCAAAUCAGAAACAGAUUGCGCCCAUUGGGGGUAGCUGGAACAUGAAAUCGGUUAGGUUCUCGACGUCGUCAAAGCUCGCCAAGUGGACCUGGUUGCUCAUCGCCACACCUGGCGACAGACAACACUUUGGAGGACCCGAAGACUUGAACGACUGUUUGAAACAAUUCACUGCCAAACUCAACGAGGUUGGAGUGCUUGCGCAGCUCCCAAAACCAGGAACACGUGUUCUACUAAACCGCAACACCUACGAGGCAGAUAUCAACGCCGCAAUAGCCGGGCUCAUGCGGCAACACCAGCCGUCCCUUAUUCUCACGAUACUCCCAUUCAAUGAUGCCGGAAUCUAUAAUUGCGUCAAAUUAGCUUGCGACGUCCGUCAUGGCGUCCGCAACAUCAACGUUUUAGCUGAACGCUUCAAAGAGCGGAAAGAGCAGUAUUUUGCCAACGUCGGCCUCAAGUUCAACCUCAAGCUCGGGGGAAUCAACCAGAUAGUGAAACCCAAUGAACUCGGCAUCAUUGGCGCUGGGAAGACAAUGCUCCUUGGUAUAGAUGUCACCCAUCCCUCUCCAGGCUCUGCCGACGGUGCUCCUAGUGUCGCAGGUAUGGUCGCGUCUAUCGACUCCUCCCUAGGCCAAUGGCCUGCCGAGAUCCGUAUCCAAGAAUCCCGCAAGGAGAUAGUCGAUGACCUUGACUCUAUGCUUAAAGCUCAUCUUCGCCGCUGGGCCGCAACUCAUAAAGGCACAUACCCUGAGAACAUCAUUGUCUACCGCGAUGGUGUUUCCGAGGGCCAAUACGACCUUGUCACGGAAAAGGAACUCCCGCUCCUCAAAUCCGCCGCCCGCGACAUCUACCCAGCAUCUGAUACAAAGAAGGGUCUCCCCAAAUUCUCCAUAAUAAUCGUCGGCAAGCGACACCAUACACGCUUUUAUCCCACCAAGCAGGAGGACGCAGACCGUUCCAACAAUCCCGUCAACGGCACAGUCGUCGACCGCGGAAUCACAGAGGCGAGGAACUGGGACUUCUUCCUACAAGCCCACACUGCGCUCAAGGGAACCGCACGUCCGGCGCACUACUACACCGUCUGGGACGAGAUUUUCAGAAAGCUCAAGCCUUCGGCCCCGCACCAGAACACGGCCGACAUGCUGGAAGCCAUGACACACCACAUGUGCUACCUCUUCGGACGUGCCACCAAGGCCGUCAGUAUCUGUCCGCCAGCCUACUAUGCCGAUCUAGUCUGCACAAGAGCACGCUGCUACCUCUCGCGCGUGUUUGAUCCGGCGACGCCGAGCGGGAGUGUCAUUACCGGUGAAGGGCAGAGUCUUCGAGCUGAUGACUCAGAUGUUAGAGUUCAUCCUAAUGUUGCGGAUACGAUGUUCUACAUUUGAUCUAACAUCCGUGGCUUUCUGGUCUCUCAAAUCUAGUGUCGUGGGUGUGAAUUAGCGAAAAUCAACAACCGGGUAUCUAUGUGCUCGAGUGCCUUGAUCAUGAUUGCUGGAGUAUUAGUUACUAUAUGGUUGAAUAACCUGGAAAGAGUUUUACGUUUUUCUUUACGGUUUACGUAGCUAGCUAUCAGAAUGAAUCGAUGUUUUUUUGUACUUGCGCCACGGAU